AUGACAAAUCUCCUAGCAUCGCUAAAUAUGAGAGGCGAGAAGGUACUUCUCAUAGGCUACUCAAACGUGACAAGUCUACGAAUCAACUCAAUAAUUGAUUCUCAUGCAUACCCCAUACUUCUCGUUCAAGAAAAUGUUGAUCUACCAGCCAGUGUUACAGAACAUGAACGCAGCAGGAAAUUAGAGGUGAUCAGGGAGGACCCAGAUUAUGCUUCUAGGAUCAAUCAUUACUUAACAGGCAUAGGUCGCCUCGAGGUGGAUAAUAUUGUUGACCGAGUUUUUGUCACUCUUCCUCAACAUGAAAAGGUCUUGAAGGAGGUUAUUUUCAGACUUUGCAAAAGAUUGAGGAUACCAGUAAAUACAACAGAUUCCCCACAAUUCAGCACAUUCACAUUAUUAUCAACAUACAAUCAGGGGGAUUUCCAACUUGGAGUUACAACGAAUGGAAAAGGUUGUAAAUUAGCAUCAAGAUUAAGACGAGAAAUCGUCCAUAAGUUACCAACUAACAUAGAUGUCAUCUGCAACAAGAUUGGUGAUUUACGUCGACAGAUCCAAAUUGAAGACGAAAUAAGCUUCGAGAUUGGCGACGACGACGAUGACUCUAUAAAUACACACAAAUUUAAUUCACUAGUUCACGAGUUCAGCCAAACACAAGAGGAAAUAAAGGGGAGAAGAAAUCGUUGGCUAUCACAGAUUGUCGAGUAUUAUCCGUUGUCCAAAUUGGCUACUUUAUCUGUGGAAGACUUGCGGUCUGCUUAUGAUCAAUACAAGCGUGGUAACACACAAGAAGUCGAUGUUCAAGUGCUGUCGAAACAAGGCAAAAUUGCUCUCGUUGGAAGUGGGCCUGGAUCGGUGGCACUUUUGACCCUAGGCGCAUUACAGACUAUCUACCAAGCGGAUUUAAUCUUAGCUGACAAACUAGUACCACAAGAAGUUCUUGAUCUCAUACCGAAAGUCCAUGGCCCUGAGUUGUUUAUUGCUCGUAAGUUUCCUGGAAAUGCCGAACGUGCACAAGAGGAGUUGUUAUCACUAGGAUUAGAAGCUUUACAAAAAGGCAAGUUUGUCUUGCGGUUGAAACAAGGUGAUCCGUACAUAUUUGGACGCGGUGGAGAGGAAUACAACUAUUUCGCCGAGCAUGGAUUUGAACCAAUUGUGAUACCAGGAAUAUCCUCAGCAUUGGCGGCACCAGUGGUUGCUGGUAUACCAAUGACCCAUAGAGAAGUCGCUGAUCAGGUAUUGAUUUGCACCGGUACAGGUAGAAAGGGUGCUGUACCAAACUUGCCCACAUUUGUCCCGAGCCGAACGACAAUUUUUCUUAUGGCGUUGCAUAGGAUAGUAGAGUUGAUCCCUGUUUUGGUAAAAGAGAAAGGAUGGUUACCUGAUUUACCAGUGGCGAUAAUCGAGCGUGCCAGCUGUCCCGACCAACGAGUUAUUCGUACGACGUUGACAAAGUUAGGCGAAGCAGUGGAGCUGUGUGGAUCCAGACCACCCGGAUUACUAGUCACAGGAUAUGCAUGUCAAGUGAUUCAUAAAAAUCCUAAUUUUAAAAACUGGAUAACCUCAGAAGGGUUCCAAUACGAUUUCGACAACUCAAAAAUAUCGGUGGUAUAG